AUGAGGGUGACUGGGAGCUUGAUAUUUUUGCUGUCUUUUCAGCUCCUGCAUUUGGCAAAAAGUUCUAUGGUAUGGCUAAAUAAGAAUGGCUAUGAGGAUUUGGUUGUUGCAAUUAAUCCCCAGGUGCCAGAAGAUACCAACAUCAUCCUGAACACGAUGAACAUGAUUAAAAAUGCUUCUAAUUACUUGUUUGAAACGACAAAACAUCGUUUUUUCUUCAAGUCUGUAAAAAUUAUAAUUCCUAAAACAUGGAAGAAAAACCCCAACUAUUCAAGAUUAAAAACAGAAUCAUAUGACAAGGCAGAUGUCAUCAUAGCAGACCCUAAUAUAAAAUAUGGAGAUGAUCCUUAUACCUUACAGUAUGGAGGAUGUAGGGAGAAAGGACGUUACAUCCAUUUCACACCUAACUUCCUGUUAAAUGACAAUUUGACUAAUGUUUAUGGAGAAAAAGGUCGAAUUUUUGUCCACGAAUGGGCUCACCUUCGGUGGGGAGUGUUCAAUGAAUAUAAUAACGACAUACCUUUUUAUGUGUCUAGAAAUUCUGCAAGUGUUGAAGCAACAAGCUGUCCAGCUGGUGUGGCUGGUAUACCUGUUUUCCAAGACUGCAGAGGAGAUAAAUGUGAGCCAAGAAGCUGUAGAUAUGAUGGUCAGCUGUAUGAAAAAGGAUGUAUAUUUAUUCCAGAUGUACAACAAAAUAUCUCAUGUUGUAUUAUGUAUUCACAGUACAUACCAUCUGUGGUUGAAUUUUGUGAUAAAAACACUCACAAUAGUGAAGCUCCAAAUAUGCAGAAUAAGAUAUGCAACCACAAAAGCACCUGGGAAGUAAUUAUGGAAUCUGACGACUUUCACAAUUCGGCUGUUGUAAAUGCUUCUGUGCCCCCCUCUGAGACUAAUUUCAGGCUACUGCAGACCCAAGACAGAGCAAUUGCUUUAGUACUGGAUGUUUCUGGGAGCAUGUCAAUGCACAACCGCAUCAGACAUCUCCAUAGCGCUGCAGAGGAAUUUCUGCUCUGUAUUAUUGAAACCGGUUCCUGGGUUGCAAUUGUCACAUUUGACUCUAGCGCAUCGGAAAAAGCUCCUUUGCAACAAAUAACCAAUGAUGCAGCACGCCAAAAACUUGUUCAAUAUUUGCCUACAUUUGCUAGUGGAAAAACCAAUAUCUGUGCAGGCAUACAUAAAGGACUUAAGUUAAUUGCAGAUAAAAUGAAUACUACAUAUGGUUCAGAAAUUGUGUUACUGACAGAUGGAGAGGACUCACAUAUAGCAGCUUGCUUUGAUGUGGUGAAAGAAAGUGGGGCAAAAAUUCACACCAUUGCACUGGGGCCAGAGGCAGACAAAGACUUAGAAGAACUUUCAGAACUAACAGGAGGUUUGAAGCUUUAUGCUGUAGAUGCAUUUGUCCCCAGCAAAUUAAUUGAGACAUUCAGUGCAAUUACCUCGGGAAGCGGAGAUAUUUCUAAACAAUCUAUUCAGCUUGAAAGCAAAGAGCUAGUUGUUCAGCCUUCUGAAUGGAUGAAUACUACUGUGCCUGUUGACAAAACUGUGGGAAAUGACACCUUCUUCAGCAUUGCAUGGAACCAGUCUCAGCCAUUUUUUUUCCUGAAGGACUCCAAAGGAAAAGUAUAUGGAAGCUCAGACUUUACAAUCCGUAAUUCAAACACAGCUAGACUCAGUAUAAGUGGCACUGCAGAGGUGGGCAAUUGGGAGUUUUGUAUUAAAAAUGUUCAUACAGCAACUCAAACUUUAUCAGUAACAGCAACCUCUCGACCAGCAUGUUCUAAUGUUCCUCCUGUGAGCACUGCAGCUCACAUGAGCAGGGCAAAAAGAGCAUUUAAUCCAGUUGUUGUUUAUGCAGAGGUUAGCCAAGGGUUUUUGCCUGUUCUUGGCGCAACUGUGAUAGCCACCAUAGAGAAGGAUGGUGCCGCAGCAGUAACCCUUGAACUUCUUGAUAAUGGUGCAGGUGCUGACAUGACAAAGAAUGAUGGAAUCUACUCAAGGUACUUUACUUCUUUACAAGGCACUGGAAGAUACAGUCUAAAAGUGAAUGCCCGUGGGACAAAUACAACCACCAGACUUAGCCUCCAGCAAAAUCGAGCCUCAUAUAUACGAGGCUACAGAGAAAAUGGUAAAAUUUAUCUGAAUGCACCGAGACCUAAAUUUGCUGAUAAAGAAAUCCAAGUCAAGCUGGGAAGUUUCAGCAGAAUUUCAACAAGUUCUCUUGUAGUGAAUAUAGAAGGAGAUUCUGCUCCUAUUUAUCCACCCUGUAAAGUUACAGACCUUCAUGCUCGUAUAGAAAACAAAACAAUAGUCUUGUCUUGGACAGCUCCAGGAGGUGACUUUGACAAUGGAAAAGCUGAUCACUACAUAAUAAAAAGCAGUGAAAAUCUUCUGGACUUAAGAAAUCACUUUGAUCGUGCUACUUCUGUGAAUUCCUCUAAUCUCAUACCUCAGGAGGCGGGUAGAGAAGAAACAUUUGAAAUUAAACCAGAAAAUUUCAUAACAGAAAAAGACACCGUAAUCUACUUUGCUCUGCGUGCUGUUGAUGAUACCAACUUGACUUCAGAGGUUUCUAAUAUAGCACAAGCCACGUGGUUCAUUCCUUCAAAAGCAUCUGUGCCUUUAGAUUAUGACGGCAACAAUGAUGGUGCUAGCAGUACAGUAAUAGCGGCAAUAGUAGCUCUGUGUGUAGUAGUUGUUUGUACUGUUGUAACUUCAACUCUGUGUGUUUUACAAAAACAAAAGGGAAGAGUGGAUAUUGAAACAAUGCAAAAGCAUGUGUAA